AUCGUUGUGAUAUCUGUGGCAGAUCCUUUUCUGUAAAUAGCUCUUUAACUAGUCCCAAACAUAUACAUACGGGAGAAAUGCGAUAUCAUUGUAAAACUUGUGGGAAAUCAUUUUCUAAAAAAAGCACUUUAACUAGUCACAAACGUAUUCACACAGGUGAGAAACCAUAUCGCUGUGAUACCUGUGGCAAAUCAUUCUCCGAAAGUAGUACUAUAACUAUUCACAAGCGUAUUCAUACAGGAGAGAAGCCAUAUCAUUGUAAUAUCUGUGGUAAAUCAUUCACUGCAAACAGUGACUUGACUAAACACAAGCACGUUCAUACAGGAGAGAAGCCACAUCACUGUGACAUCUGUGGUGGGUCAUUUUCUAAUGCCAGUUACAUGAAAAGGCACAAACGUAUUCAUACAGCUGAGAAGACAUAUCACUGUGAUACAUGUGGCAAAUCAUUCUAUGAAAUAGUGAUUUAACUAAACCAAGCGCGUUCACACUGGGGAGAAACCAUAUCAGUGUGAUAUCUGUGGUAGAUCUUUUUCUAGAAAUAGCGACUUGAUUUUCCAUAAGCGCAUUCAUACUGGGGAAAAACCAUAUCAGUGUGAUAUCUGUGGUAAAUCAUUUUCUCUAAAUAGCUAUUUAACUAGUCACAGACAUAUUCAUACAGGUGAGAAACCAUAUCAUUGUGAUAUCUGUGGUAAAUCAUUCUCUAGUAGUAGCCAUUUGACUAAACACAAGCGCCUUCAUA